CGUUACCAGACGCCUCUCCAUCCGGCCACAAGUUCAUCCACUGAAACAAUCCUAGGGCAGGUGCAAGAAUACUCGGACUCAUUUUUCCAAGAUGUCGAUAACAUGUUGAUUACUUUCAACCCUGGAGACCAUCCCAUAUAUUGUGAUCUGCAGUUAUCCGCUAUCCGUGGGGAUCAGUUGAACGCCACUCCGCUCGGCGAGUGCAUCAACGAGGAGGCACUGCCACCACCAGGCGCAGGACGGCAACCGACGCGAAGCAGGUCAGCAGUUUGGAAUCACUUCGCCAAGAUGCACAAGAAAAAUGAUCCUCGAGACGUGUAUGCUGCCUGCCCGCGGUGCGACGGGAUGCUGAAAGCUCAUAGCAAGGACGAUGGCACAACCCACCUGUGGAGGCACUACAGGAUGCACCUGCGUGCAGCAGCCACACAUUAGCAU